AUGACGGACAACGGGAUGAACGCCGCCCCUGCAGCAGCGGGCAAGCCGUCGGACGUGGCGUCCAGGGCGGCACCCGCACCGGGGCACCUGCGGACCAACCUGACCGCCGCGGAGCUGGAGCGGGGUCUCAAGGAGCAGGAGGCGGCGAUGCUCGAAGAAGAGAUGAAGCGCCUUGGAUCCACCGACGCCGACAAGCCCUUCGCCGACCUCGACGACGCCAUCGACCGGCUGUUGCCGUUCCACGUGUUCGGAGGCGAGUACGACGACCGAGACGUCGCCCUGCAGGAGCGCCUGGGCCCGCACGACGCCCUUCUGUGUGCGCGCACCGACGUGGUGAUGCGCGGCGUGCGCGUGCAGCUCGGCCGCCUCGUCAACGAGCACAAGAAACUACGCGGCCGCGUCGAGAAGAUCACCCAGCCCACAGGCAAGAAGCGGUCGUUGCCGGACGACACGUACAUUCUCCAGGCCAGCAUCACCCAGGACCUGCGCGCCGAGGUGGAGUCGCUGAAGGCGCAGCAGGCGGCGUUCGAGCGCAUGCAGCAGCAGGCGCAGGCGCAGCAGGCGCAGGCGCAGCAGGCGCAGCAGCAGCAGGCUGCGUUGAAGAAGGACGGCGGGGCAGCCGCGACGCAGGGGUACGGCGCGGGCAUGCCCGGGGCGCGGCCUGGGGCGUCGCAGGCGCAGAUGACGCCGCAGCAGAUGAUGGGGCACCCGUACGGCAUGAUGAUGCGGCCGGGGGCGCAGAUGACGCCGCAGCAGCAGCAGCAGAUGAUGCAGAUGAUGCAGAAUAUGACGCCGCAGCAGCGCGCGGCGUACUCGCAGAUGUGGGCGCAGGCGCAGCAGGCGCUGCACCAGAUGCAGAACAUGACGCCGCAGCAGCAGCAGCAGAUGAUGCAGAGCGUGCCGCCGCAGCAGCAGCAGAUGAUGCAGCAGAUGUACAUGGCCCGGCAGAUGCAGCUGCAGCAACAGAUGCAACAACAGCAACAGCAAAAGCGCUAG